UGGAAGACUACAGCUGAAUUCAGUUGUCGCAAACACUCAGCACACAACCAACACCACAACAGCAGAACACCCACACACCUCUCCUCUCAUCACCUCCAUCACCCUAUCGCAGCAAAAACAGAAAGCGGCAUGGCCGAGGACACGAGGCGCGCGCGGGGCGUGGUGGGCCAGCUGCUGUCGCAUGUAAGCAAACCACACAAGACCAAGAAGAAGCAACAGCAGCAGCAGCAGCAGCAGCAGCAGCAACAGCAGCAAGAACAACGCGGCAAGCACACAACACAGGACGAGCAUGCUGGUGAUGGUGCUGAUCCCGCACGCGUGGAUGAUGGUGACAAGGUUGGUCAGAGCUCAGCGGUCGGGGAGAAGGAGCCUGCGCUGGUGGCCGACCCGUUUGCAGACGUGCCCAUCUAUCCUGAGGACGUGCGCACGACGGGCAAGGAGAAGCACCUGGCAAAGGGCCUGCAUGUGGAGCCGGAUCUCCUCCCCGUGUCCAGGGAGCACCCGCCCAGUUCGCCCUGCGACGAGCUGCGCCGCCUCCACCUGCAUAACGACACGGAGGCUGUGAAAGCGAAGCUGGCAGCAUUCCCCUCCACAUUCACCCACGCCGACGUCCACGAUCCCUACGCAUCGUUUCUGCUCGAUAUGCUGGAUGCUUUUGUGCUCGCAGACGUCGCCACCCUGGCCAUGGACGGCAGUGAUAUUCAGCCCCUGUGGAUCGCCGCCGUGCAGCAUUGGCUGCGCAUCGUGACCACCGUCCACCACCACCACACCCAGCCAUGCAGCCACGAAGGCCCAAGCGCUCCAAAGCACGUCAAGGGCCCGGACACCGACGCAUCACCACAGCAUAGUCAACAAGCAAACGAACAACAACAACAACAACAAGAGACAAGAGCAGAGGCCAAGCAGCAGCAGCAGCAGCAGCAGCAGCAGCAGCAGCGGCAGCAGCAGCAGGCCUCAGCAGCGCCACCUCACCUUCAUGUUGUCAAGGACUGCAACGGCGAAUCUGAAGACGAGAAGAUCAUGCCCAAACCUGGCAAUGUGUGGCACAACAUGCCCUGGCUGGAGCGCCGGCACCGCCGCUGUCUUCUGCGUCUCUUCGCGCGCUGCUCGGAUCCCGAUUUGGCCAUCCCAGCGCUGGCAAUGGCGUGCAUUGGUACCACUGUCACCCACUGGCGCCAAGAUGCACGCAACAUUGCACUGACCAGCACAGCCCUCGCCACGGCUGCUAUCGCUGACACUGAGACACAGCAGCACCACCAGCAACAGCAACCACGCCAGCAACCGCGUGACGGUGACGGUGAGCUGAAAAAGGGCCAGCAUGACGAGCACGAUCAGCAGCAUGGUGAUGCUGCCACCGCGGCUACCUCGUGGCUGCGGGCAAGAUACACCACCAUCACAUCUCCAUCACCGGCAGCAUCUUCAUCUGCGUGUGAGCCCGCGGCUGCAGCGUGGCUCAGCAGUACAACAGACCUCCUUUGCUGGCUGCUUGCGCCACCAGCGACGUCAGCAGCAAGCUCAACGGGCAGGCACGCCACCCACACGGCUGCCAAGGGCGACGCUAACGACGAUUUGCCCGUGAAAGGACACGAGCUCCACUUCGCCGCCAUGAUUGAGCUGUACCGCGACUGCUACCUCGCGCUGUGGCACGAGAAGCGGCUGUAUCGCUGCCGAGUGCUGAAAGCGCGCACGAAAUCGGACAAAUCGGGGAAGAAGGGGCGCAAGGAAGCAAACAGAGAGAUUGCAGCCCUGAUGAUGGGCACUGAGAACAACUUCCUUGGCGACCAUCUUGAUCUGGGGCUGUACGAGGCAACAAAGGCCUUUGCCGACAACGCAAACCACUACGAUCCAAAGCUUCCGCGGAAUGAGCUGUUCCAGGCGUCGCGCAACGCGUGGACGUGCUUUGCACUCCAACUCCUCUUCUACCGAGAGCACCUCGGCUUCAACAGGGCAAUUCAGGGCUAUUCGAUGCUGUAUCCGUACUCAGACAACUACCUCGACAACCCGCGCAUCGACAAGAGCGCAAAGAAGACGUUCCAGGAUAUUCUCCUGGAUGCAAAGGAGCACCAGCACACGGUGUUCACGCUGUGUUACUGCCGUUCCCAGGCCAUUGAUCCCUACGCCAACAAGCUGCUGCAAAUGCUCAACGUGAUCCUCGAACCCGCACGACAGCUCACCCCCGCAUCGCAAACCGUGCAAAAUUUGCGCCAGCAGCUGUUGCAUAUGACGUAUUCAAUGGUUCUCAAGAGCAUCAUCAAGUCCAAACACGUGUUCACAUCGGCUUAUCUGAAACACAUGGAGGGGUACGCGCCCCUCCCCUUUUCAAGUCUCGUCAAAGUGAAUUCCAUGCGUCAUUUGCUCGAUAUGAUCUUCGCUGACUCAAUUUGAUUCGUCUGUGUGAGUGACAUAGUGUGUAUGUGUGCGAGGGUUUAGAUCUCGUGAGCGUGUGGUGCCUCCUCUUCUUACUGCUGUGUCUCUCGUCUGCUUUCUCUUUCUCUCGUUUGUCAUCAACACCACACGGUGCUCUCCUUUGGCUUGUGUGCGUUGCUGCUGCCCUGUGCUUGUACACUAGGUUCUACCCAUGUCCUCUUGCGUGUGCACAUGUGGACAUGUGCCCUCUCUUUUGUUCGUAUGUGUGUUGGUGGUCGAGUGCGGUGUGGAGUGCUGUGCUGUUGGAAUACAAAGAAAAAACGAAA